AUGUUCCUAAGAGUGUCAAUAGUGCUAGCAAGCCUAUUAGGUGCAGCUUUCAGUGAUACGAUAGAAUCCAGUGAAACAUUUUAUCCACAAGUAAAAGUUGCUAAUCGAUACGUGGUGCGAUCGGAUCCGGUUGAUUUUUUUCAAGCAUGGCAAAGAUGCCGUGAAUCGGGACUUCGAUUGGCCACCGUAAAAUCCAAACUUGAUAGCGUGAAACUGGCCGAAGCUAUUGAAACGUCCCAAAGUAAACCGAAAGGACCAUGGUGGAUUGCUGCAACCGAUCUAGGAAAUUCACCUUUCAAAUAUACAUGGAUUUCGACAAACCAAGUUCUUGGAGGCUACACCAACUUUGCUCCAAAGCAACCGGACAACGCUAACGGACAGGAGAACUGUAUUGAAGUAGGGCGAUUUGGAGCCGUGACCUGGAAUGAUUGGCAUUGCACUGGAAGAAUACCUUACAUUUGUGAACGAUAUUCCGGUGAUGAGUGCUAG